GAUUGAAGAGUCUUGGCCGGAUGAUCUCAAGGACCCUCUGCGAGCCCAAGCCGUCAUCGUGGCAAAAAACACCUGGAAAGUCGCCUGUGAGAAGCACCACUUAGGUGGUGUGAGGUUGACGCUGAGCGGCACUCGAGAGGUGAUUGCUGUGAAAGAGAAGGGCCUGGCAACUACGAUGGAGGCAAAGGACAUGAAGCAAGCCAGGGAGAUCAUGACGGGAAUGGACAAAGCGGCCCUGAGCAGGAUGGCUGGGGAUGGCUACGAUGUCUAUGCUUGCAAGUCCCCCAAGGCGGGAUGGGGCACCGCCCUCUACAUGCCGGCUGGGUGGCUCUUUGCGGAGAGAGUGGUUGGCUCCACUGCUUGGAUUGGCAUCAGGGCUGGAGCAGUAUGCAUCUCGCUGAAAAACCUUUGUGACAUGAAUUGGCUACAGCGAACUUGGUGCAGGGAUGAUGAGGUUUGCAAGCUGGCGACGGCAGCCCUGCAGGCCAGCUUGGAAGCCAAGUCCGGCAGUGCGGGCGACCAAAAGGCCAAGGAGCAGAAGGACGAGAUGGAGGCAAAGGAGGCAAAGGAGGCGGAGGAAAAGAAGCGACAGGAAGCGGAGGCCAAGGAGGCGGAGGAAAAGAAACGACAGGAAGCGGAGGCCAAGGAGGCGGAGGAAAAGAAACGACAGGAAGCGGAGGCCAAGGCGGCCAACGAGGCCAAGGAGGCGGAAGAAAAGAAGCGACAGGAAGCGGAGGCCAAGGAGGCGGAGGAAAAGAAGCGACAGGAAGCGGAGGCCAAGGCGGCCAACGAGGCCAAGGAGGCGGAGGAAAGGAAGCGACAGGAAGCGGAGGCCAAGGCGGCGGAAGAAAAGAAACGACAGGAAGCGGAGGCCAAGGAGGCGGAGGAAAAGAAGCGACAGGAAGCGGAGGCCAAGGCGACAGAGGAAAAGAAGCGACAGGAAGCGGAGGCCAAGGCGGUCAAGGAGGCGGAGGAAAAGAAGCAACAGGAAGCGGAGGCCAAGGCGGUCAAGGAGGCGGAGGAAAAGAAGCGACAGGAAGCGGAGGCCAAGGCGACAGAGGAUAAGAAGCGACAGGAAGCGGAGGCCAAGGCGGCCAACGAGGCCAACCCUCACUGGCUUCAAGACAGCGGGCUACCGGCUUGUGCGUGGCAAG